CUCAACUUUAGCAAAAAUUAAUGAAUUAACAACAACGUUUGAGGAACAAAAAAAUAAAACGAAAAAAAACCAUACUAAUGAAAUCAGAGAAAUAAUUACCGCAAAGAAUAAAGAAAUUACAAAUUUGAUGUCUAUUAUUGAUAAUCAUGCUAAAGAAAUCGAACGAAUCGAUGAAAUGAGAAAAAAACAUGAAUACGAAUAUAACGAAAGGUUGAAAGAAAAAGAUAAAAUCCACAAACGUGAAAAAGAAGAAAGAGAAAGAACAUAUAAACGGGAAACCGAUCUUUUACAACACACUAUCGAUCGUUUGGAACAAACUAUUUGCUCUUUACAAAUUAGUACUAUCUCCGAAUAUUAA